UUGUCAAUUGAGGAGUACACUUGCCCAAGAUGUGAAUCUGGCUUUAUCGAAGAAGUCACAGAUGACUCCAGUUUUCUAGAUGGCAGUGGCAUAGACGACAGCCCAUCCACACAAUUUGCAGAGCUUUGGGACCAUUUGGACCACACAAUGUUCUUUCCUGACUUCAGACCCUUUCUGAGUAGCAGCUCACUGGAUCAAGACAGCAGGGACAACGAGAGGGGCCACCAAGCCCACGCCGACCUCUGGGGACCAAGCCGACCCCCGCGAUUGCCCAUGACGCGGAGGUACAGAUCCCGGGGCAGCUCGCGCCCUGACAGGUCUCCUGCUAUCGAAGGAAUAAUACAGCAGAUCUUUGCAGGGUUUUUUGCAAACUCAGCGAUUCCUGGCUCACAACACCCUUUUUCCUGGAGUGGGAUGCUGCACUCGAAUCCUGGGGACUAUGCGUGGGGACAGAGCGGCCUUGAUGCUAUUGUCACCCAGCUCUUGGGGCAGUUGGAAAACACAGGACCACCUCCAGCCGACAAAGAGAAGAUCUCAUCUCUCCCGACAGUGACAGUAACUCAGGAACAAGUUGAUACGGGUUUGGAGUGUCCUGUCUGCAAAGAGGACUACACAGUAGCGGAGCAGGUUCGGCAGUUACCGUGCAAUCACUUCUUCCACAGCAACUGCAUCGUGCCGUGGUUAGAGCUGCACGACACGUGUCCGGUGUGCAGGAAGAGCUUAAAAGGGGAAGAUUCGACUCGGCAAACACAAAACCCCGAGGCCUCAGCGAGUAACAGCUUUAGCAGUGAAAGCCAACUACACGAUCGAUGGACUUUCUGA